AUUGCGUCUCAUCCUGUUUAAGACAUUUACUGCAACAGAUCUUGCAGGUGCUCAACAGGAAAUCUGGUGUCUUAUUUUCAGUCUUCAAAGUCGAGCUGACAGCUAUGAAACUCAUUCUGCGGUGGAUUUUUUGCUUUAGUUUAGGUUUUGCCGUUGAUUGCCAAGAGAAUCGUUAUGGAUUGAAAGGAAGCUCAAUCCAACUGAGCAUCAGUCCCAGAAAUCAGUCACAUUUGCAAGAACCUGUAUGGCGACGAUUCAACAGGAAAGAGUUGCUUGCAAACUCAAAGGGAGUUCCCGCUAAAUAUAGGAAACGAAUGAGCUUAAACGUCUCCGACUGGUCUUUGACCAUACACGACCUUCAGGAAAAUGACAGCGGACAAUAUGAGGCCCUUUCGAACUUCGAGGAAGAUAUUCUGACUGCAUUCACACUUACAGUGGAGAACACUGUCUCUCAGCCUGUAAUUAAAGUGAGUCAAUAUGACUUGAAUUCAUCUGUGUGUCAGGCCACAGUAAACUGUUCGGUUGAUGGCAGCUGGGCCAUGUUUGACUGCGACCAAAGUCUCUGUGCAAAGACACAAGGCAAUCUAUCCUCCAUUAACAUCACUAUUGCAAUGGACAACGGAGACAUCCAGUGCCGCGUCAACAACCACGUGAGCAAGAAUCGUUCUCAGGCUCCCAAAGUUACGUGCCAUGAAAAGCGACGAAGUGAUUCGCGCUAUCCACCGUCACUCAUCACGUGGAUCAUUGUCACCAUUGGUGUUGGUGUUUUAUUGGGUUUGUUUAUGGGUUUCAUUGUAGUAUUUGUCAAGAGAAGAAAGUGUUCAAAAGUUCAUCCGCAGUCCAGUCAUGCUGUGAUUCAACAGCAUCAUGAAACAAUCUACUGCACAGUGGAAAAGCCGUCCGCAUCCCAGACAUCCCCAGGAAACAACACCGUCAGCAACAAAGUAGAAACCAUCUACGACACUCCAUCACGACAUACCAAGGCUUGUCAAGUAGACAGUGUGGAGGUGAUGAGAGACAAUCAGGAGCAACAGCAAUCUGGACACGACAGAACUAUUAAAGUAAAAGCUACAGUUCACCAGGCAGCAGAACCAGAUUCAGAACCAAUAAACACAGUUUACUGCAAACUGGGAGAGAUAUGAUAUAAACACACACAUACUGUACAUGUCUGAGAUGUCACUUCAG